CUAGUCCCUUCCUGUCGCGAACACGAGGCCGCCGCUGUGGAAGGAUGGAGCCUGGGGCCGGCUCCUUCUCGGAGGAGCAGUUCCGGGAGGCCUGCGCCGAGCUCCAGGGGCCCGCACUCUCCGGGGCCGCCUGGGAGCUGCUGGUGGAGACCCGGGGCUUCAGCGUCUACCGGCUGCUGGACCAGCCAACUGGACUUUAUGAGUAUAAGAUCAUUGGUACUCUGAGAGCUCCACCAGGUCUACUUGCAGAUACCUUUACGAAUUUAGGCUAUAUAAAACGGCGGAUCCCACAAGUUACAGAAGCCUAUGAAACAGAAUGCAAUGGAGAAACCGUGAUCUACAUGAAAAUGGAGUUCCCUUUUUUAUUGUCCAACAGAGAUUGCGUCUAUGUGCAGCAGCGGCGAGAACUGGACUUCAGAGGGCGGAAGAUACAGGUGGUCCUGGCCAAGGGCACCUCAAUGCCACAGUUUCCAGAGAGGUCAGACUUCAUCCGGGUGAGGCAGUGCCAGGUGAAGCUGGCCAUGGAGAGCGAUGGCAGUAACCGGAGCAAAGUAUUAAUUCAUUGCUUCAUAAACCCUGGUGGCAUUAUUCCAUCCUGGAUCAUCAACUUGGUUGCCAAGCAUGGAAUUCCCGGCUUCCUGGCUGACCUGGAGGAUGCCUGCCUGAGGGCAUCUUCCUGACCUGGGAAUCGAAGCCGGGACACCUGCAUUGCCGCAGACACUUUUCCAUCUGAGCCACCCGAGAAGCCCCAAAGAAUGCUCAAACUAACUGCACAAUUGCACUCCUCCUACUCGCUAAUAAAGCAAUGCUCAAAAUUCUCCAAUGCUCAUAUCUCCAAGAGAUAAUGUGUCCAUUAUCUCUUAUUUCUCUUCCUUAACUAGUCAUUUUGGUAGUGCUUAUGUAUUUUUGUACUAUUUUAAUGAAUUUACAUAGUCUUACAUGCUUGGAAAUGUUCAGAAGUCUGAUCAGUACUAUUUUGUCAGUCUAGUUUAAUGUCAAAUAAGAAACAAAUCUGGACUUAGUGUUGGAGGUUAUUGUAUUAGGAAGAAUACUUUGACCAUAAGAUCCAUGAUUUUCUCAGGAGUGAGGCAGAAAAGUCUUUUUUUUUUUUUUUUUUUUUAACAGAGAGAGAGGAGUCAGCAAGACUGAAACCGCAUGUGGGGAAAGUGAGGUGAAGGUGGUCUGCUGGAGAAUAAAACAGAAUAUCUUACCCUGAGGCCAGUUCAUUCUCAGCAAGGCUGGAUGCUGCUUAGACUGAGGCUGGGCCAAAAUGCAGAGUCUGGAGGAAGGAGAUGCUUAACUAGUUUGGUUAACAAGUAUUUUGUGUGUACUGAUUUUUGGAAUAAGUAGCUUAGCGGAUCAUUUGUGGGACCGUCAAAGGGAAUUUAGAGGUGUUGUGCCUAGCCUUGUGAUAGGUAAGCAAACUGUGUGUGUAUGUGUGUGUAAAAGUGAUUCUAUUGUGAUAAGCUGUUUUUUGAAACACAAAGCAUGCGAGAGUUUCUCAAUCUCCGUUUUUCGGGAUCACAGAGCUCAAAUAAAAUUCUCAAUAAGAACCA